CACUCACCUCAUUUUUCACCUCCAGGCGAGGCAGGCCACGUCCUCCACGCAUCCCUCCUCAUUGACGUCUAAUCCUCAACAGCCCCACAACUAAUGGCCGAGGAACACCGUCCGCCGUUGCCCUCUUUCACUUCUCAGUCCAGCCUGAGCGAAGCUGAGCACGACCCGUUUUCUGAUCGCCCACACAUCGCCUUUCACGAGGCACCACCGAGUGCCUAUGCAAGCACGACUUCGCUCCCUGGUGAAUUUGGGACACAAGGACAGUAUGAUGACGAUGAGGUAGAGAAGAUGCCCUUGACUUCGGGUGGGCUGUAUCCGCCAGCCCCCAUGGACCCUAGUGCAUACGGCGACCCGUAUGGGCGCCCGCUGUCGGUUGCAUCCACAUCAAGUGGAGGUGUCGAAUCAGCCUGGAGACGUAGACAGACCAUCAAGCGUGGUGUCACUCGUAAGGUCAAGCUGACCAAGGGUAACUUCAUCACGGAGUAUCCGGUGCCUACACCUGUAUACAGCGCCAUCGAGGGAAAAUGGACACAAGACGCGCGCACAACGGAGUUCAGCCACAUGCGGUAUACAGCUGCGACGUGCGAUCCUGACGACUUCUCAGAGGCAAGCGGCUACUCGCUGCGCACGAAGCAGUACAACCGCUCGACGGAGCUGCUGAUCGCUGUCACAUCUUACAAUGAAGACAAGACUCUGUACGCGCGUACGCUGCAUGGUGUCAUGCUGAAUAUCCGAGACAUCUGCAAGACGAAGCAGUCGAAGUACUGGCGUCGCACCGCAGAGGAGGGUGUUCCUGGAUGGCAGAAGAUCGCGGUCGCGCUGAUCAUCGACGGUCUCGAGCCUAUGGACAAGACUGUGUUGGAUAUCUUGGCUACUGUCGGUGUCUACCAGGAUGGCGUCAUGAAGAAGCAGGUCGACGGGAAGGAAACCGUUGCGCACAUCUUCGAGUACACAACACAGCUGUCGGUGGAUGCUACGCCGCAACUGGUCGUUCCCCAAGGCGACGAUCCCAACAACCUCGUUCCCGUACAAAUCAUGCUCGUCAUCAAAGCCAAGAACCAAAAGAAGAUUAAUUCUCACCGCUGGCUGUUCAAUGCCAUCGGCAAGAUGCUCGAGCCCGAGAUUUGUGUCCUCCUCGAUGCUGGUACGAAGCCAGGUCGCAAGUCGAUCUACUACCUCUGGGAAGCCUUCUACAACGACGCCAAUCUUGGAGGAUGCUGCGGAGAGAUUCAUGCCAUGCUUGAGGGUGGAAAGAAGCUUCUGAACCCGCUCGUCGCGGCCCAGAACUUCGAGUACAAGAUGUCAAACAUUCUAGACAAGCCUUUAGAGAGCAGUUUCGGAUACGUCUCUGUAUUGCCUGGUGCAUUCUCAGCGUACCGGUACCGCGCUAUCCUUGGUCGGCCUCUUGAACAGUACUUCCACGGUGACCAUUCGCUCGCCGAUCGCCUAGGCCCCAAGGGUAUCUACGGCAUGAACAUCUUCACGAAGAACAUGUUCUUGGCCGAGGAUCGUAUCCUCUGUUUCGAGCUAGUCGCGAAGGCCAACGAAAGGUGGACGCUCACAUACGUUAAACCUUCCAAGGCCGAGACAGAUGUACCCGAGUCUGCUGCUGAGUUGAUCGGCCAGCGCAGGCGUUGGCUCAACGGUUCGUUCGCCGCAUCGGUGUAUGCGCUCGUCAACUUCUUCAAGCUCUAUCGAUCUGGCCAUGGCAUUGUCCGAAUGUUCUUCUUCCACGUACAGGCGUUCUACAACGUUUUCUCUCUAGUCUUCUCUUGGUUCUCGCUGGCAAACAUCUGGCUGACGUUCAGUAUCAUCAUUGAUCUCGUUGCCGACCAGACCCCUUUCUUUGGUUCAGCGACGGUGACACACUGGGUCAACGAAGUUCUCAAGUGGAUAUACCUCAUAUUUUUGGCGCUGCAAUUCGUCCUUGCGCUCGGUAACAGGCCAAAGGGUGAACGCAUGGCGUACGCUCUAACGUUAUGGGUUUACGCUAUUCUUGCGGUGUACCUGCUGGUCUGUUCAUUCUACUUGACAGUGAAAGCAUUCGAGAAUAUUCCCACCCUGCUCGAACAAACUAAGGGGAGCGUGAUCCUGGCAAUCCUUACCGGGCCUAUCGGUGCUCUCAUCGCCGCUGCUGUCUCAACCUUUGGCAUCUACUUCGUCGCCUCAUUCCUCUACCGCGACCCUUGGCACAUGUUCACAAGUUUCUUCCAAUACCUUUGCCUGGCCCCAAGUUUCACGAACGUUUUGAACGUCUAUGCCUUCUGCAACUUGCACGAUGUCUCGUGGGGAACCAAGGGUAGCGAUAAAGCCGAGGCGUUGCCGUCUGUCAGUUCAAAGAAGGGCAAGACUGAGGACACUGCUGUCGUUGAGGAAGCGACGCGGAACAAGGAAGAUCUCGAGGCGCACUUCAAGGAGACCGUCACCCGUGCGGUCACCAAGCUUGAGGUCAAGGAGGAAGUCGAGAAGCCAACGAUGGACGACGAGAACAAGACAUUCCGUACCCGGCUCGUUGCGUUCUGGAUGCUCAGUAACGCGGGCCUUGCGGUCGCUAUCGAGAAUAUCAACGGUCUGCCAACUGGCAAUGAGGCUCAAGACGAGGCAGGGCUUCAUGCGAAGCAGAACAUCUACUUCGAAGUUAUCCUCUACUCGACCUUCGGUCUUGCGGCUGUGCGCUUCAUAGGGUGCUUGUACUACUUCCUCAAGCGGAACUUGUUCCGCCUCUGCCGCAGAAACUAAACAGACACGAGCUCAUCACGAUGCUUUCCAUAUGCUCCAUUCCACUCCUUUUGAUUCUGGGAUACCUCGUACUGGGACAUGAAUUGACGUACUUUGAGUUGCUUCUAUACCCCGCGCAUGGGGUCGCCGUCUGAUAAUUUCUACUAUGUAAAUGGAGAUGUCGCCGCCUAUCCUAACUCGCCAUAAAACCGUUCCGGAUGUCUUGUCGCACACUAUGGACUCUCUCGCAUCUUUCACAUCCCACUCCUCUCUUUUCCUCUCUCUCACUCGCUAGCUAGAAAAUUAGGACUCUACUUGAGUAAGCAGCUUUCGCAUUGUUUCGAGCUUUGGCAUGAAUGUGAAGCCUGUGAUUUCCC